AUGGAAGACGAUAACGAGACGACCUUGCAGCCCAUCCGCACUGGACGCUCAGCACGCCAAUUUCUAUCACGAACACGGUCUAACAAGUCGAACAAAUCAUACAAAUCGCGCUCACGGUCUGGUUCGAGGCCAAGUCGCCCAAGUAGCCCUCUGCACCGACUUACGUCGGCAAACUUCAUCGACGACCAUGGAAUCUAUCACCACAACGCCGAGUCCGACUAUGAAGAAGAAGUAGAAGAGCAGGAAUCAGAGCACGACGGCAGUCAUGGUCUAACACCACAUUCGAGCUCCGAUUCAGAAGAGAAGGAGAAGGAGAAGGAAAAGCAAGAGCCGGAUGAGAUAUUCAUGGAGCCUUUCGGCGCAGAGACAGCACGCGAUCUAGAAGCCCAGUCUGAAAAGGAAGAGCCUCCGAGGCUGUCGAGGAAGUCGACAUCCAAGUCUGUCAAGGAUCCAAAUCUAGUGACCUGGGAUGGACCUGAUGAUCCAGAGAAUCCCAAGAAUUGGGGCAAGGGCAGAAAGUGGGCGGCCACACUCGUUGUUUCUUCCUUCACCUUCAUCUCACCAGUGUCUUCCUCGAUGGUUGCCCCAGCCAUUGGCGCCAUAUCUCGCGACUUCAACAUUACGAGUACUGCUGAGCAGGAGCUGGUUCUGUCCAUUUUCGUCCUAGCAUAUGCCAUUGGUCCACUAUUCUUGGGACCAAUGUCUGAACUCUACGGUCGUGUCAGAGUUCUCCAACUUGCCAAUGCCUUCUAUUUCGUCUGGAAUCUUGCCUGCGGCUUCGCUCAAAACAAGGGCGAGAUGAUGGCUUUCCGCUUCCUUGCUGGAUUAGGUGGUAGCGCUCCUCUCGCCAUCGGUGGUGGCCUGCUCAGUGACUGCUGGAAACCCGAAGAAAGAGGCAAAGCCAUCUCGAUCUAUUCUCUUGCACCUCUUUUGGGGCCUGCUGUAGGUCCUAUCGCUGGAGGUUUCAUCGCCGAAAACACGACUUGGAGAUGGGUCUUCUGGUCGACAUGCAUCGCAUGUUUCUUCAUCCAGCUGUCGGGCCUUUUCUUCUUGCAAGAGACCUAUGUUCCCGAGUUGUUGAAGCGCAAGAAGAAGCAACUGAUCAAAGAGACCGGCAACACAAACUUGCAUACCGAAUAUGAUGAUCCAAACCGCAAGCUUUCUGUACACUUGAAGACAGCUUUCACCCGCCCCUUUAUCUUGAUAGGAACACAGCCAAUCGUUCAGUUCUUGGCUAUCUACAUGGCCUACGUGUACGGCCUCAUGUACCUAGUCCUCUCGACCUUCCCAGGCCUCUGGACAGACAUUUAUGGCGAGUCCACCGGAAUAGGCGGUCUCAACUAUAUCUCUCUCGGCUUGGGCUUCUUCCUCGGUACCCAGAUUGGUGCCCCCUUCAACGACUACUUCUACCGCCGCCUCAAGAAGAAGAACAACAAUGUCGGACGCUCCGAAUUCAGAGUACCUCUCAUGUUCCCUGGCUCCGUACUCAUCCCAAUUGGCCUCUUCAUCUACGGCUGGACCGCUGAAUACAAGACCUUCUGGAUCGGUCCCGACAUUGGCGCCACCAUCUUCGCCGCUGGCACCAUCUUGGUCUUCCAGUCUUGCCAGACAUACAUUAUCGAUAGUUAUCAGAGAUAUGCUGCGUCUGCCGUUGCUUCGACUACAGUGCUAAGAUCUCUGGCUGGCUUCGGCUUCCCGCUGUUUGCACCUUCCAUGUACAAUGCGCUUGGCUAUGGAUGGGGCAACUCGGUGCUAGGAUUCAUUGCUGUUGGCAUUGGAUUGCCGGCACCAUUCGUGCUGUGGAAGUUUGGUGAGAGGUUGAGAGCGAAAAGCAAAUUUGCUUCUGGUGGUUAG